AUGGCCAGCAGCUACGCUCUAGCAAAAGGUGACCUUUCCAAGGGGAAGUCGAAAUCAGACUUCAUGAAAGGCAAAGCUGUGACCGUUGAGGGGGGAGGCAAGACCCACACAAGUGACCCCUUUGGUGGUAAACCCAAGGGUGCCAGCAAGUCGUCCCACAUCGGCAAAUCCUCCGAUCCCAAUCAUGAUAGCAUAGUGGAUGUUAGCUACAAGGGUGCCAAGGGCAAGCCUGACAUUUCCAGUGGCUAUACCAAGGGCAAGACCGACCCAACCAAGGGUUACAAAGGCCAUGGUGACAUGAAGGGCAAGUCGAGUGGUGUCGAUGUUGGGAAAAGUUCCGGUAAGUCAACUGGACCUGCUGAUGAAAAGACUGGGACCAAAGGUGAUCAUGCCAAGGGUUAUCAUAGUUCCAAGUCGGGGGAUUUUUCCAAGGGCAAGACUGAGUAUGCCAAGGGCAAGAACAACACGGACUAUGUCAAGGGCAAGACCGACGUGACCAAGGGUUACAACAAGGGCUCCACCGAAGAGAUGGGAAAAGGUAAGGCCAAAUGUGGGGUGGUUGGAAACAGUUGCGGAAAUGAGGGAAAGGGUCAUGUGGACCAGACUUCUGGGAAUGACAACACUGAGACCAUGGGUGACCACGCAAGUGGCUACAACACCAAGGGCUACGGCAAAACUGAGUAUGCCAAGGGCAAGAACAACACGGACUUUGUCAAGGGCAAGACCGACGUGACCAAGGGUUACAACAAGGGCUCCACCGAAGAGAUGGGAAAGGGAAAGACAAAAUGUGGGGAUGUUGGAAGCAGUUGCGAUGAGUCAAUUGGGAAGGAAAAGGGUCAUGUGGACCAGAAUUCUGGGAAUGACGACACUGAGACCAAGGGCAACCAUAUCACCAAGGGCUACCAUUCCAAGUCGGGGGAUUUCUCCAAGGGCAAGACUGAGUAUGCCAAGGGCAAGAACAACCCGGACUAUGCCAAGGGCAAGACCGACGUGACCAAGGGUUACAAGGGCUCCACCGACGAGAUGGGAAAGGGUAAGAGCAAAUGUGGGAAUGUUGGAAAAUGUUCCGGUAAGUCCAGUGGAUCUGCCGACACCGAGGCCAACCAGGACAAGAUGGGCUAUCACAGCAAGGGUUAUAAGGGCUACAGUUCCAAGUCGGGUGAUUUCUCCAAGGGCAAGACUGAGUAUGCCAAGGGCAAGAACAACAUGGACUAUGCCAAGGGCAAGACUGAUGUGACCAAGGGUUACAAGGGCUCCACCGACGAGACGGGCAAGGGUAAGACCAAUGUGGGUGAUGAUGGCCCAACAAGUUCUGGGAGCAAGGGAUCUGCCACAGAGACAUGGGACCACACCCCCCCCAAUCCUGACGACUCAAAGGACAAGCUGCCGCCAACUCUUGCCAGUGGCAAUGGUGUUUUGAUGGAAGAGGACAAGGACGUAUCAGCCACCAAACUUAUGGACGACCAUGAGAGGAAAGUCAAACAUUGGCUUAGCAGGGCACCUUACCAUCUUUUGGAGAACGCAGUUGAAACCGCACGUGCCCACACAUAUUUCCCAAUCUUCGAGAGAGACCUUUGGGCUUCCAUGGGGAAUCAUGCUUUUGGAGCUAAGCCUAUGGAGGAUGUUCUCAAGUUCGACAUGUGGCUGAAGAAAUGGGAAAUUUCGGAAACCAAGAAAUCGAUUCCUGCACCAGCCCCAGCAGCCCCGGUGAAAGAAGAGACCACAGCCUCGGAGUUUCCACCCCCCAAAAACCCAGAGGCCUACAAGGAGUAUUGGAAGAAGUUUGAGAGAAAGGAUGCUUCUUCUACACUGUCACUUGCCAGUACUGAGUCUCCGCCGUCCAGGGAAAGUGGGACCCCGUCUACACCCAGCCCUUCAGUUGCUUCGGACUCGACGACUGGACUCACACCAGACUGCAAACGGAAACUGGCUUUGGAAGGUGCUGAAGCGGGUGAACGGUUGGAUUCUCAAAGUUGUUUCUUCCAAGUUUACCCAGUCAAGACACUGACUGCGGAGGAUGCCGAGCGAAUCAAGGCCAUGACCAGCAUUGAGGACCUACCUGCAGACGAACGCAAACGUCAGCGGGAAGCUUUUCGAAGGCGACUUGCUCAACCUGGAUUAAGGCCUGGCCUGAUCCAGAAAUGGCAGGCAUGUCAUGACCAACAAUCGAAAUUCAAAUUCCUCCAGGCAUUUAUGUUGGACCCCCAGUGCCUCGGAAGUAUCCAGAUAGAAGCAGAGUACGUCAACCAAGCCGAACAUGAGGACAGCAGUCAGUGGGCCGAAUUGCCUCUUUCGACCCUACGCAAGCAGUUCACCUCACCUGAGGAAAAGGCCUUCCUAGAAAACCAAGUUGUUGGAAAACAGUCUGGACGUGAGCACCCCCAAGAUCCCUCGAACCCGGAAAUGAGGCUUUACUGGAUUUACCGGGAGACCACCGACACCACGAAGAACUUACAGCGUGUUGGGAAUCGUUUGUCAGGGAAGGGGAAUGUCCCGGCCAACAAGGCCGCAGUCCAGGCUUGUGUUGAUGGCAUAACUGGGUUCGCUUCGGACUUUGGCAAGGGCAAGGGGGCCCCAGAACCGACUGUGGUUGGGAAAGGAAAAGGCAAAGGGAAGACCAAGAGCGGAGAACCUCCCGAGAAGAAACGCAAGGUGAAAUCCCCAGAAGAGAUCCGAAAGAAGAACUUCAGCGAAAAGCUGGAGAAGCCACACCCUCAAAAAGAAGUAUGGAAAUCCUUAAGUAUCGCAGCAGAGAAGCGAAAGGCCGAAAAGGCCUUGCAGGCAAAGGCGGGUGUGAAGGCCAAAGCCAAGGGGAAGGCCAAGCCCAAAGCGGCCGUGGCUCCUACUUGGGGGAACGAGGAUGUGCCUGAUGAAUGGCCAGCUGAUGAUGACUUAGAAGGUGAGAACGAUGAGGAGUUAGAUGGUGAGGAGCUGAAUAGCGGCGAUGAAGGGAACCGGUGCUCGCCCUGGUCGAAUCCCUCCGAUGCCGGGCCCGUGGGCACUCUUGGGGGUCCGGGCAGAUUCUUGAGCGGUGGACUCAUUCCCAGCCUUGGCGAAUUGACGAAAUUCUGGCACGAUGAGAUGGAUACUGCCUGGUAUCGCGAGCACCCGAUUCUUCAGGAGCGUUGGAAGCUGGGGGGCACACGGAUCGCAGGUGAUUUUGUUGGCUGUUUGGAAGGGAUCCAGGGCGAUCAAGACUACAUCAGGGCAAUGAUGACACCUUUCCGUUUCUACUCCAAACAGCAAUGCUGCUAUUAUUGCCGGGCCCUGGCUUGGAUCUACGAGAGUGACAAUCCAGAAUGUGCUGAAUAUCUCUACACAAAUUUUGGGAGGGAAGCCGCCCAUCGAAGAACGUUGGUGUCCAGAGAAGAAUGGAUGGACAUCAGCACUCCGUCACCCAUAUGCAGAAUACCCGGAUGGACCCCAUGGAGAAUACUCCCGGACCAAAUGCACUUGGUGCACCUUACGAUAGCACCUGAUGUGAUCAUUUCGUGCUUGCUGGAUUGGACUGACAACGAAGACUAUGUUUCUGGGAACACCAGGGACCGACGCCUGGAAGUGCUUUGGGAGAAUUACCGUGGUUGGUGUGAGGAAAACCAGAUCAGUGACAGGGCCCAAAGGAAGCUUUUCAGUGUGGGAGUACUAACCCCAGAUGCUCCUGGUUAUGUUGAAGUGUCUCAAAAACGACUCAAUGCUACUGGUGCUCGCUACAUGUUGUUCUGGCUUGCACAUGUUGCAAAAGACUACGCUAUGAGCCAUGGGACGGAUGCCGACAUGUACCGAGCUGGUGCUGCAUGUGGGCUUGCUGAAAUGGAGACCAUCAGUUUGGAAGGUUCGAGGAGGUUGACUCAAUCUGAAUGGGUCAAGUUUGAAGAAAGCUACCUCUGUUACCGAGCGAGUCAUAACCAUUUGGUAGACAUGGCCAUUGGUGCUGGACUGCCAAGAUGGCAUGUUAGGCCAAAAGGCCACUAUUUGGAGCAUGCGGUCUACGAUUUCCAAAGGAAAAACCUGCGAUACAUGUCCAAUUUUUUAGAUGAGGACAUGAUCCGACGUACAAAAAAAAUGGCAUUAGCAGCCCACCCAAGGCAUGUUUCAAAACAUGUGUUGUACAGAUAUGCGCUUUCAGCUACUCUUCGAUGGUCUGGAAUGAUCAGGUGA